AUGGGUCACCAGCAGUUCUACUGGAGCCAUCUGAGGAAAUGUGGCCAGGGUUCUUGUUGCGUCUGCUCAAACCCACAUGGUCUGAUCCAGAUACACACCCUCAAUACGUACUGCCAGUGUUUCUACCAGUACUCAAGGGAUACAGGCUUCAUUAAGUUGGAUUAAGUGAACUUCCUUGAAUGGGUCAUCCAAGAGACCUACUGAAGAUACCCAAGAUACCUACCCUAAUGCUAACUCUCUGUACAUAAAAU